UCAAGCAUGAUGGUUGUGGGGAGGGCUCUAGCAUAGAGAUAGCUGUCGGAGGGCAUCAUGUAGGCGAAGGCGUUGCUGCAGAUGAUAAGUGCGUUGCCCAGGAAGUCAAGUACCCUUCCGAGGUUCCAGAGAAAAGCCCUGGAUCUGCCGUUAGUAACCUGCAGAAUGCCCCCAGUCCUUCAAAAUCCUGUACUUUGUAUGGAGGUGGCGGUGUCAUUUUUGCGCAGGCCAAGUUUUCUAACUACUCUACCUUUCUAGCUGCAUUUGAGGAUUGGUGCAAACAAGGGUUGCAUGUGUUUACAAAAAGGAGGUCUAGAACAUGUCCAUUAGCUCAGUGUGAGGAAUUUAAAUACUCCUCAGUUGAAUUCAUCUGUGUCCAUGGACGCCCUCUAUCAGCCAUGGGCAGCGGAAAGCGCCCACAACAGUCUUAUUAUUUUUCAGGUUGCCAGGCACGCCUCUUGUUAGUUUUGAAGACAAAGCCAGAUAUGUGCUAUGUAAUCUCAAAACUUGUUGUUGAACAUAACCAUAGUCUGGAAUUAUGCAGCACAUACCCCCAAAACAGGCUUCUGACUACAUCUGAGAAGGAGACAUUUGCAGAUGUAGCAAAAUGCAAUAUUAAACCUAAGGAUUUCAAAAAUUAUGUCUAUGAAAAAACAGGCAAGACUCUAACAACACAAGACAUUAACAAUUACAAAAACCGUAGUGUGAAUUCUGUGACUGCAGUUAAAACUAGUGAGGCUCAUGGGGCCCUGUUGUUAGAGCAAUUGCAUAGUCUUGCCUCCAAGAACCCUAAUUGGAUCAUACAUUAUGAAAAAGAUAAAAACAAUGAGCUGUUAUUUGUGUUGUUCCAGACGUCCGUUAUGCGAGAAACUUUGGAAAAGUAUCCCGAAAUUCUGUUCAUCGAUGGGACAUAUAAGGUUAACGUAGAAGGUUACAUUCUCUAUUCAAUUCUUUGUGAAGACGCUCGUGGUAGGGGUCGAUGCAUUUGCUAUGCGUUUUUGCAAAGGGAAACCUCCCUAAUUGUUCGCCCUGUUUUUCAGAAGUUUAUAGAUUGUAAUCCUUUUGUACUUUCAGCAUGCAAAGUUGUUAUGGUAGAUAAGGACCUAAAUCAGUUAAGGAUUUUGAAAGAGCUUCUGCCAAAAAGCACCAUUCUCCUAUGCACUUGGCAUGUUCUCCAUUACUUGGACUUGCAGAUUAUGAAAUACCCAGUUCAUCAGAGGGAAUUAUUGCGUCGCCUAAUUAAAGAAGUUGUCUAUGCCAAUCGCCUGUCUGUUUACGACAAAAAAGUUGCGCUGUUGAGGGAACACUCUCCUGACGAUUUUUUGCUCUACUUCAUGAACAAUUGGGAUUCCUGCAAAGAAAUGUGGGCGCAUGCGUACCGCCGAGACUUGCUAACAAUGGGGAAUAAUACCAACAACCGAAUUGAGAGCCAUAAUCAAAAACUAAAAAGCUUCCUGCGUCCAGGAAUGCACCUGGCUGCUGCGAUGACUGCUUUGCUAGAGUAUAUUGACCAUGAUAUUAUAUCACUAAGGUUUGCAAAACUUAGAGAGCUUAAGCUCAAUUUAAAUACAAGUAGCUUUGACAUGUUCCAGCUAACAUUAGCUCAAACGUGCACUCUGGUAGCUAGGAAUAUAGUAUUACGGGAAUAUGAGAAGUUUAAGACUAUUCGCUAUAUUGUUAGCUUUCAAAAUGACGCAUACACUGUUAAGUUGGAAGGGACAGAGUAUGUGAUAGCAAAAAGCCUAGACAGUUGCACAUGCCUCUGUUAUUCCCAAUAUGGACUUCCAUGUGCCCACAUUUUGACAGCACGGUCUUUUGCAAAUCUAGAACUAUUUGACCACUCUGUUAUUCCGCAUCGAUGGCGUAGGAGCCACUUCCUAGCAUCUGAAGCUACCGACCCUCUAAGCAUGCCUGGUCCAUGCACAGCUGGUUCGAGCCCACUAAGCUUGCAUAGCCCAACUCCACUUAGCUCAAACCCACCUAGCCCGAGCCCACGUAGCCCAACUCCGCUUAGCUCAAACCCACUUAGCCCGAGCCCACGUAGCCCAACUCCCUUUAGCUCAAACCCGCCUAGCCCAAGUCCUCAUAGCCCGACCCCCCUUAGCUCAAACCCACCUAGCCCAAGUCAGUCUAGCACAAGCCAGCCUACCCAAACCACAGUUACAUCAGCCAUACUGAAGCCCCCACCUGUAAAAUUGGAUACCAUUGAGGCCAGGUAUAAUUAUGCCUACAAGUUUUUAACAGAUAUAGUGAAACCAACAGCUAACAUCUUGGCCCAGUGUGGCGAACAGGAGCUAAAUGAAAAGUUGACAGAUAUUCAGACAUUCCUUAGCAAUCUUACAACGUUUUCUAGCAACCAGGUGCAGCUUUUGUCACAGUCUGUAGCACCCCGUGCAGCUCAUAAGGAUGUGCCUGAUCAACAGCCAACAGACACAGCAAGUGACAGGAAACCUUCCGAAGAGCUGCGUAUUAGUUUAAUUAAAAGUAAACGAGGGAGACCGCGAACUGUAAAAGUCACAAAAAAGCGUAAAUUGUCAGAAAUCUGCAACAAAAAACUUUGUCUUAGCAUGAUUCGUGCAGAGUUGAUUCCUCUUUAUAGCGCUUAUUCACUAACAGAUGAACACUUGGACGAUGUAUUAUACAACCGUCCGCUGCCAGACAGUGUCAUGAAUAUUGCAAUGCAGUUAACACGUCAAAAAUUUCCGCAUCGGGAAGGUUUCCAAGACGCUUUGCUGAGCCAGGGACUACUAUUCAAGCAGAUAAAGGGUCCAUUCAUUCAAAUCUUACACACAGCAAACCCGGAUCAUUGGAUCACAGUAACAACUAUUGAUGCGCCCCCUGAUUCUGUCUUUGUUUAUGAUUCUCUUGAUCAAACUGUUCCCCCUGAUGCUGUAAAACAGGUGUGUAGCAUACUUAAGUUACCAUCUGCAAAUGUAACUAUUUUUGUAAGACCUGCACAGGGCCAAGGUUGCACAGUAGAUUGUGGCUUAUUUGCUAUUGCUAACAUGUACUGCAUAGCAUCUGGCAAAGACCCUACCACUGUAAACUUUAGACAUCAAUUAAUGAGGGGCCAUCUACUAAAGUGCAUUCGUAAUGGGAUGAUGGAAGACUUCCCUGUAACUCUUUCCCUUGUUUCUCGUGUGCGACCAAAAGAUUCUGUUUUCACCGUGCAUUGUUUGUGCAGGCAGCCUCUGCUUGCUGAUGCUCCUGGGGUAAUUCAAUGCGCAGGAUGCCAAUCUCUCUUUCACGAAGCCUGUCUAGAAAAAAAACCCAACCAUGGCAUGACAUUUGUUUGCAGCCGAAGUUGUAUUGCAGCUAAAAUGCCGAAUAAGCUGAGGUUAUUUUAAUUAACAACGGUUUCUUCCAGUACCUUCCGCUUUAUGUAUUAUCUUUGCGUUUAUCCCUGUUAUUGCCUACCUUGUUUUGUCAAGUAACCUUGUACAGUGUUUUUCUUUUAGCUGCACCAAAUUUUCAGAGAGAGAGAACGUGAGAUAGGGUAAUUUGAGCCUUGGGGCAGUGUUAGUAGUCAUGGCGUCCACUAGGGAAAGGGUGAAAUUAGGUAAUUAGUUAGCUAAUGAACUAAAACUGAACUAGCAGUGCAGUCAAAUUUUGAUCGAAAAAUCUGUGGUAGGUGCUACGGGGGUCGAGAAGUGUCACCCUGGUACAUGGCAUCACACUAAACCUAUAACUGAAAUGGCGGACAAGAGUGCCAGUGACAUCAUCUUUGUGUCACGGCGCGGAAACGUGGGUCGGAGCUACCGCAGCUGGCUCCACUCGCUCAAGCGGAGCCGGCUGCGAUGACGCCAACCCACGUGCCGGGCCGCAGGUAUGCAAAUGACUUCACCGGCACUCUUGCACAACGUUUCAGAUUCAGUUUGAUGCCAUGUAUCGGGGUGCGAUUUCUCGACCUCGUAGUGCCUACUAGGAAUUUUUUAAAUCAAAAUUUGACUGCACUGUUAGAUCAUAUUGAGGUUGAGCUUCAAUUCUCCAAAAGCAAUAUGUGCCCUCAAGGGCACAUAUUGCUUUUGGCCUCGUGAUGUUGACUCCACAUGUCUGGGAAUUUCUGCUCCUUAGCUAUCUGCAACAUGUUUUAAUUUUUUUUAAUUGAGAUGACCUUCCUACUGAUACUGUGUUAAUUCAUUCAUUUAUUGAGCUUGGCAGAAAUUGUAUGGUGAAAUAUCCAUCCCAAUCAGUUGGCUAAUUAGCUAAAAUUUGUCAAUUAACUUUUUAAUUAGUAGCAUUACAGCUUCUCAAUUAUUUGGACAUGAUGUGACCCCUUGCUUUACAAGUGUUAACUUUCACUGUUGAUGUAUGAUGCUUUUAAUCUUUCUUUUUUUUAAAUUAAAUUUAGGUCUCUCGGCGGAGCCUGACCGCUAGAGAGCGCGUUCUCGGGUGGCGGAUAGAGAAAUGUUCUGUGCUAGGAAGUUGUGUGGGAUGAUAAUUGGGGUUUAAUAGUGCAACAAAAGCUUGGGAUAUAUUGUGCCACUGAAGUUGUGUAAGCAACUUCCUAACACAGGAUAGGCAUUCGUGCCCGCGGACCAACAGGCUUUUUCGUGUUAGGAUGAACUUAUUGAAGAGUGUUGUGUGAAGCAGCAAAACCAGGCCUACACAGAGGCUUAUGAUUUUGUCGGGCUUGAAGUCUCGAGCAGGUUACUGCCUUUUAAGCUUACAAUAAUGAAUAUGAUUUAUUGUCUCACUUUGCUGCAUAUGAGCCACCAUGCAGGCUGAUUCGCUACAGUGUUUGCCUGUGGGCAAUUCCUUCAUUUUGUUUGCAUAUUGUUAACCUGUCAUUUUUGCCGAUGGAUUCAGCAUCCAUUGUGGUGAAAUAAAAGAAGAGUGCUUAUUUGGUUCCCAAUUGUGACAUUCUUGAUCCAGACCCUUAUAGCAACAUAUUUUCUGUGCCGAACAGGUUAUGGUGCUGCAUUAUCUCGGGCUGUCUGCCAAGUUGUCUCUUCAGAAUUCUCCGACUUUUCCAGCAAAGUUUUGUUCAUCUGACCACAUAGUAGAGGCUGGGGAAAUUAUAGCAAAACGUUUGUGGGCCUCACAUCUGGUAACAAGAAGGCUCCAAAAACAAGGCCCCUUGAAAACUGAGCAAGUUGCUACUUGUGUAAAUUGGCUCUGAAGAAACCAACAACUAGGCGCUGCACAGUCCGAUGAUUCUUUCCGAGUCUGAAGUGGUACGGGGAAAUCGGAAUUUUGUGUUAUAAUGUGAAUAAACUGUUCUGCAUUACAAA